AUGGCUCCUGCAAAGAUGGGUGGCAAGAAGAAGAAGGGUCGCUUUGCCCUCAACAAGGUGGUAACCAGGGAGUACACUAUCAACAUCCACACGUGCAUUCAUGGUGUGGGUUUCAAGAAGCAUGCCCCUCGGGCACUCAAGGAGAUCUGGAAAUUUGCCAUGAAGGAGAUGGGAACUCCAGACAUGCGCAUGGACACCAGGCUCAACAAAGCUAUCUGGGCCAAAGGAAUAAGGAAUGUCCCAUCUCGUAUCGGGGUACAUUUGUCCAGAAAAUGUAAUGAGAAUGAAGAUUCAUCAAACCAGCUGUAUACAUUGGUCACCUAUGUGCUUGUCACCACCUUCAAAACUCUACAGACCGUUAAUAUGGACGAGAACUAA